UUGGCUAGUGAAAAUAACCUACAUUAAGGGAACCAAUAGUCAAUAAUUGUACCCAUAGGUCAGAGACAAAAUAGAAAAAAAACUUUAGACUAUGCUACGUGCUAACAUGGCGAAAAUUCUUGAUCAUCAACAUCACCAAUAGUAGGAAAUCGAGAACAGUUUGUUAUGGGAUUUUCCUCAGCUUUAGCAACUUUUAUCCUUUUCGAAAAAAAUAUUUCCUACCUUUAUUUUAAUUACUUUGUAACAAAAUGAGCGUUGAUGCGUAUGGACCUAGCUCUCAAACGCUCACGUUUUUGGAUACUGAAGAAACGGAUCUUAUUGGCGCCGAUACUCAAGGGUCUGAAUUCGAGUUUACAGAUUUUACUUUACCAUCCCAAAGUCAAACGCAGGCAUCUCAACAUGACCAUGGUCUGCCCUCUGCCAAUCAGGUUAAUGGCUUGGGGAGAUCGGACAUUAGUUCAAAAUUGGCAAGUGUAACCAAUGCAAUUGCUGAAUUGCAAUUUGAGGAAGAUGAUGAAGCUUUGUAUAGUAGCAAGGAAUUGCCUGAUCAUGCUUGCAAAUACUGUGGGAUACAUGACCCAUCUACUGUGGUUAUGUGCAACAUUUGCAACAAAUGGUUUUGCAAUGGCCGUGGAAAUACAUCUGGAUCCCAUAUAAUUAAUCAUCUGGUAAGAGCUAAGCAUAAGGAAGCAGCAUUGCACCGUGAUGGACCUCUUGGAGAAACCCUACUUGAGUGUUACUCUUGUGGAGCACGGAAUGUCUUUGUUUUAGGAUUUAUCCCUGCUAAAGCCGAUUCAGUUGUUGUUUUACUAUGCAGGCAACCAUGUGCAGCUCAAAGCUCCUUGAAAGACAUGAACUGGGAUCAAGAACAGUGGAAGCCUUUAAUUUCGGAUCGAGCAUUUCUAUCAUGGCUAGUCAAGGUACCAUCUGAAGCAGAACAGAUGAGGGCACGUCAGGUAACACCUCAACAAAUAGGGCGCUUAGAAGAACUUUGGCGCGACAAUGUGGAUGCAACGUUCCAGGACUUGGAGAAACCUGGUGUAGAUGAGGAGCCACAUCAAGUAUUGUUAAGAUAUGAAGAUGGAUACCAAUACCAAAAUAUUUUUGGCCCAUUGGUUAAACUUGAGGCGGAUUACGACAAGCGGCUCAAGGAAUCGCAGACCCAAGAAGGUAUUGAAGUCCGUUGGGAUGUGGGACUAAAUAAAAAGACCAUUGCCUACUUCACUCUGGCAAAAACUGACAGUGACAUGAAACUUAUGCAUGGAGAUGAGUUAAGAUUAAGAUAUGUAGGCGAGUUGCACAAGGCUUGGUCCGGCGUGGGUCACGUGAUCAAGGUGCCUGAUAACUACGGCGAUGACGUUGGUCUAGAACUAAAGAGCGGCGCCGGCGCACCACUGGAUUGCACUUCCAACUUUGUCGUAGACUUCAUUUGGAAGAGUACUUCUUUUGAUCGAAUGCAACUAGCACUGCGGAAAUUCGCGGUCGACGAAUCAUCGGUCUCGGGAUACAUCUACAGACGACUUUUGGGACAUGAGGUGGAAGAAGUAUUGUUCAGAGUGCAUCUCCCUAAACACUUCAGCGCGCCGAACUUGCCUGAUCUUAACCGAUCUCAGGUAUAUGCUGUUAAGCACGCCUUGCAACGUCCACUUUCCUUGAUCCAAGGUCCACCUGGAACUGGAAAAACUGUGACUUCAGCCACUAUUGUUUAUCAACUUGUGAGGCAGAACGGUGGACCGGUACUUGUCUGCGCACCUUCAAACACUGCGGUAGACCAACUAACUGAGAAAAUUCAUAGAACUGGACUCAAAGUAGUUAGGCUCUGCGCCAAGUCCCGUGAAGCUAUGGAGUCAUCCGUUUCUUUUCUGGCCCUACACGAACAGGCUAGAGUUUUAGGGUCAGCUGAUAGUGAGCUUCGCAAGCUUACAAGAUUGAAGGAGGAAGCUGGUGAAUUAUCCGCAGCUGAUGAACGCAGAUACCGUGCCUUACGUCGGGCCGCUGAAAGAAGACUCUUGGAUGCUGCUGACGUUGUCUGCACCACUUGUGUCGGAGCUGGAGAUCCUAGGGUGGCGAGAAUGCGUUUCCAGUCCAUUCUUAUUGAUGAAGGCAUGCAGUCCACUGAGCCAGAGUGUAUGGUACCAGUUGUGCUCGGAGCUAGACAGCUGAUCCUCGUCGGAGAUCAUUGCCAGUUAGGCCCAGUUGUGAUGUGCAAGAAAGCGGCCAAGGCAGGACUAAGCCAGAGCUUGUUCGAGCGUCUCGUUGUUCUCGGCAUCAGACCAUUCCGCCUCGAAGUUCAAUACCGUAUGCACCCGGAACUAUCGCGAUUCCCGUCAGAUUUCUUCUAUGAAGGUUCCUUGCAAAAUGGAGUAAGCGCAGAAGAAAGACGCCUACACAAAAUCGAUUUCCCGUGGCCGAGACCAGAUAGACCCAUGUUCUUUUAUGUGACUCAAGGACAGGAAGAAAUCGCUGGGUCGGGAACAUCUUAUCUGAAUCGUACCGAGGCCGCCAAUGUGGAGAAACUUACAACCCGCUUUUUAAAGGCUGGUGUGAGACCAGAACAGAUCGGUAUCAUCACGCCAUAUGAGGGACAAAGAUCUUACCUGGUACAGCACAUGCAGUACCAAGGAAGCUUACACGCGAAGCUUUACCAAGAGAUUGAAGUGGCAAGCGUGGACGCGUUCCAAGGCCGAGAGAAGGACAUCAUUAUAAUGUCGUGCGUCCGCUCCAAUGAACAUCAGGGAAUUGGAUUUUUAAGCGAUCCGCGCCGUUUAAACGUCGCCUUGACUCGAGCCAAGUACGGUUUGAUUGUUGUCGGCAAUCCUAAAGUUUUAAGCAAGCAGCCACUAUGGAAUCAUCUCCUGGCAUUUUACAAAGAACGUCGCGUGCUAACCGAAGGACCGCUGUCGAACCUAAAAGAGUCCGCAAUACAGUUCGCCAAGCCGAAAAAACUAGUGAACGCUCAGAAUCCCGGGUCGCACUUUAUGUCGACGUCCAUGUUUGACGCCCGCGAGGCUAUGGUGCCGGGGUCUAUCUACGACAGAGCGAGACCGUUGAGAGAUCCGUUGGCGUACGUCGGGCCAGAGCGGGCGGCGAUGUUGCACGCGCCCGUGCCGCCGGCCGCUUUCUCCGCCCAUCGAGGUCUCCAACGCCCGCCCAUGAACAUGAACCAACGGAGCAGGAAGCGUCCGCCCCGGUUAUCGCAGGAGCCGUUGUCCCAGCAAGCGCCGCUGUCUCUGUCCCAGGGAGCGUCCCAGCCGGACUUCAGUCAGGAAUCCCUCGCGCCGGACUGUCCGUCCCAACCGGACGGCCUCCUGUCCCAGGACUCCACAUACCAGGGCGGGUUCCGCGCGCGAAGCCAGUACUGAUAGCAGCCGGACGCCGCGGCACCGACCGACAAGCUCCCGACGGGACACGGCACCGACAGACGCCGACGCGAUCACCGACGAGACACGGACGAGUGGAUGUAUCUGCGCAGUGGACCUCACUAAGGCCUCGGACCUUCCGACCGGUGACUCGAGAGGGCGCUAUCGGUCGGCACGGUGAGGGCUGCGGGGUCAAGGUGAUGUCAGACAGCGGCGGUGGCCGCCGGCGGGUUCCUCGCAGACCUGAGUAACGCUCCUUCGAAAUUGUGUCACGGCAUCCACGCGUAGUGCAUCACGGUACAUCUGUGCCGGGUUUACAUUUCACACAGGGAUAGAAUUGUACCGAUUCGAACCCAUUUUCAAUAUCGUGCGUUGAUUUUGCGACCAUCGAGCACAAAACGCUUCGAUCGAAGCGAUCGUGUACCACAGAUCUUUCGGUACGAGAAACAUUCAUUCACCCUUCAGUAGUGUUUCAUUUUUUUACACAAAAUCAAUUAGCCGGUUAGCAUUAAGGGCAUGUGGUUUACGUUUCGUUGCUAUCGUCCUCAUAUAAAUUAUUGACGCGACGUUUAUGAAUUGUUAAGUCAAAUCUAUUAGACAAUAUAUCAGCAAUAAUAUCGUUGUUUUUCCUUCUACAAUAUGUUGUAAACAUUUUUAUAUUACGUUGAAUAUAGCAUUCUUCUUUAACAUUACAACCCACUUUUAUUUAUUUUUCUUAUUUUAAUUUUAUGUAUUUAGGUCUUUCGAUGAUUUUCUAAUUGUAAGAUUGUUUUAAAAACGACAAAACGAUUUACUUUUUCAUAUUUUACUAGGCUCUUGUGUGUAUAUGUAAUAAACAUGCAUUGAAAUAUUG